AUGAACGAUUCUCAAGCCAACAUAAGUUCGGGAAACAAAUACUGCAGUAGGUAUCAACAACCAGACAACGAUCUUGAGGAUGAUUUGAAACGCGGUGCAAUGACCCUCUUGAUUACAUUGGGACUUGCAGGAAACAUCUUUGUGAUAGUACUCGCUAUGAAAUACACAGUACGCAAGAACCUGCAUCAUUUGAUCAUCAACAUGGCCGUGUCAGAUACUCUCUACAUUGUUAUGAAGAUAAUCUACGAGAUCGUGUUUCURUCGAAAAACAAAUUGCCCAGGUUAACAUAUUCUGAUGGUAUCGUCGGUUCUAUUCUCCAGUGCAAACUUCAGCCAUUUGUUAUUGCUGUCUCAURUAGGGUCUCGUUGGYUACUAUUCUGAUAAUCAGCAUCGAGCGAUUCAGAGCAACWAGAAGAACRUUGCAAAGGUYACGYGCUUACACAUUAAGACAACGCUUUKYAGCARUCGRUAUCUCUUGGUUGAUUCCUAUGUCAUUGGUAGCUUAUCGUUUGCACUAUGUGAAAAGACAACCAAAGACAUAUAAUUAUUGCGUUACUAAGAAUUCCAAUGUUCAAUAUUUUGACUUGAUCUCUUCAUUUUCUAACUUUAUUUUUAUGACUGUUAUAUUUGUACUCAGCAUUAUAACAAUAAGACGACUUUCCAGACCUCAAGCCAUCCACGUUCAUCUCAACCAAGAACAGCGAAGAGCUCGAGCCCGUCAAACACUCGCAGCCGUACGAAUGGUUCUCGCGUCUAUCCUGCUCUUUGCAURUUGUUGGCUUCCAUGGUUUAGUUUUAGGUUUUUCUUGAGACUGAAUGAUUAUUUKGACUUGAUGUUUUUUACCGAUAUUUGCAUGGACCCAUUAUCGUCUCUUUGGUUUAUCCAGGGACCGCGGAAAACGAGAUCCCGCUCCGCGGUCCCUGUUAUCAUCAAUGUUUUUCUUCCUCUUUUCAACAGUUGUUUCAGUCCCUGUAUUUAUAUUAUAUUUCUGUCUGAUUUCCGGGAAGCUGCCAGGAAAGUACUGUGUCAGAACCGAGUAGAUGAUCUCCACUACUACAGAUGGAAUAGCGAGGUCCAUUUCGAAAUAAAAGUGUUUAGAUGAACACCAACAAUUUUCCUUCCGGCUAGAAACUCAGAAACUCAUUUUAUGUAGAUAAAAAAAAUCCAAGACUUUGCAAACAGCAAACACAAAUGGAUUUGCAGCAUUURAAAAAAUUAUUUCAAUCAACUCAGAAAAGUAUUCUGAAAUCCUCUUGUGUGGCCGUCUAUAAGUUAACGACCUUAUGCUUCAAUAAAUAAACAACAGCCAUAAAUAACGUAGUAGCCAGACAGUGAUAGCUGAGUUCUCCUUAAAGGGACAUCAGCAUUCAUUGCGUUCGUGUUUUAGAUUUUUCAUGUAUAGAAAGCGAGACUUCGAAUAUCCAUUCGCAAUCCGUUUCUAUCCAUCGUUUUAAAGGUCGAACUUUACAGUAUCCCUGUGCUUUUUAGUUUUGGGCUCCCCUUGCCGAACUUAUACCGUAUAUGGAAGCAAAMAAGAUGUCGUAUUGUUGGAAAGCCUUUAUAGUCAUAUCUGUUAAUAUCUGGUUUAAUACGGACUUGACACUUAUUAUAUACACAACUCUUGAGAAGAUACCUGAAUAUGGAUUGCAGGAAAAAAAAUACAAAGAGUUCUACUCCCAAACUGCGUCUAAAAAAUAUUAUAUAGCUAUCUUAAUGAUACUAACCGCUUAAAUUGAUGAGUUUCGGCGGUCUUCAAAACCUGCAGCAACUGUUGAAAAUCUUCGCCAAUAUUGUG